UGAAGUGAGAAAUACAGUGUUAUGUGUUUGAGGUUUGUGUCGAGGAAAGGGUAUUGAGGUGUAGUGAAUGCCCUGUUCAAGGAAUAUCCAUACCUUGCAGAUCCUGUAAGUAAUUUAGUAUUGUAUUGAUUGGAACAUAGCUUUUUAUAGAUCCCACAUGAACACAUCGAUUUUAAUUGUUUUCAAAAUCUUUUAAAUUUCAGAAAUGGUGGAGGCAGUCCUUGAGGAACAAGAUGAAGCUUUUCAGAUUGCCCUUAACAUCAAGCUGGUGCAUUUUGGAGCUUAACGAAAAAUUUGGUUCUCCAGGGAUGAAACCAGCUCACAAACCAGAUGAGGAUGGAGAGGUCAUCCAACUUCAUUUCAAUAUACUAAAACAAGAGAUGAGGAAAGCUACUCCAGACCUCCAGCUAUGCCGGAGAAAGAUGGAGAGAAGCUUCACUUAUAGACACAAAAGGAGGUAUAAUCCUGAGGUAUCUGUGGCACAAAUUUUUGAAGAAAUUCCAACUCUACGAUACAAAAACUUUCUAGCAAUUGAGGCUAAGUCAUUGAAUGUGGCUUCCCCAGGUGAAAUGUGGGAUAAAUUACAUGGAUCCAUCAUUCACUUGAUGAAAUUUUCAAAACCAAGGUCUAAAAACUAUCACCAGUUUCACAGCAGAUAUCUAGAAAAUUUGGACAGCACUCUGAAAGGGCAAGAAAGGAAAGAUGAUCAAGUCUCCAACUCCCACUUUGGUGAUGACGGCAAAGUCAUUUCAAAUCUUCAUCAACGGGGAGAAAGUUCUCAACAACAACAUAACAAAGUUCAGUGAAGCCUUAGAAGCGCUUUACUAUUAUUUUUCGGUAUUUGCAAUAGAGUACCCAAAAGAAAUAAAAAACACAAUGUUUUUAUAGAAAAAAUAAUAUUUAAAGGAAGUACAAAGGUGCUGUCUACUGUAAUGUCAUGGGCCAAAAAAACUUGAACAGCUUAAAUAAAGAGGUAAGCUAUGCAGUGUUAAAAACGUGACCUGUUCUGUGUUAGUAGGGAGGCAACAACUGACGGCAAAAAUGUGUCUUUAAGAUUUUU